ACCGCAAGCAUUAAAGCAUUACCGUAAUUAAACUACAUUUCAACAUAAGUAAUGCAUCAUUGCUUUUAUUUAGCAAUACGCGUGCAAUAAUACUUUAAAUCAAUUUUUUGAAUGCAUUGAAGCAUUCUUCUAUCUAAGCAGUGAAACGUGCAUUAAUGGUUGAUAUACAAUCACUAAUCAGUGCUUCAUUGCAUCAUCUUACUAAAUGCUUUAUUGCAACAAAUCUGGCAUGACUUCAUUGUUGUAAAUACACAAUAACUAAUGUUUGCAUUUAUAUUUAUGACUGCGACCACUCUCACGACUAUAUUCUAUUUAUAAGUUUGUAAACAGUAACAAAUCAUGGAUUUGUAUUCAGAACAAAAAUGGAAAACUUUUUUAAAAAGUGGAAAUUUUCGAAGAAAAGUGUCGAAAUAUCGUUCUUUAAUACCUGAAACAAAGCUCCAAAACAAAAUCCAAUCUGCUGAACCAAGUAGGCUUGGUAGAAACUUAAAAAAGCAGAAGUCCUGGGAGCAACCACGAGCGUUGCUGAGCUCAAACUCAGAUAAAACGAACGAGUGGAAGGAGUCCGAAAGAAAUGGUCUUCAAGAAUCCAUGGAAAUAUUCUGGUCUGGCUUGAAGCAUUCGCCGGAGUCAAAGUCGGAGUCCAUCUUUGGUUGCAAACACCACGAAAACAAAAAAUCUGACGAAAAUGACCCUGGGAACCCCGUUGAUGUUUCCGAGCCCACUCUAGAGCAAUUGCUUGAGGCAGUGAAUCAAAAUGACGUGUUUCAGACAACCUCAGCAGUCCAAGGUUGCAAACAAGAUCUUGGAACAUUCUUGAGAGACUGGAGCAUAAAGCAUAAGAUUACACAUCAAGCGUUGAAGCCAUUACUAGAAAAGCUGGUCGAAUAUCACCGUCAAUUACCCGUAGAUCCUAGACGACUCCUGAGAACACCUCGUUAUAAGCCUGUAGUCAAGGUUAUUGACGGUGGAUCUUAUUGGCACCACAGCAUAGAACAUUGCUUACGUUUACACUAUGCGAAUGUAACAGCAUCAUGUACAAUAUCAAUCAAUAUCAACGUAGAUGGGCUCCCGUUGUUUAAAAAUGGGACUGCUCAAGUGUGGCCGAUCCUAUUCAACGUGUUCGAAAGGCCCGAAAUACCGCCGAUGAUUGCAGGAAUAUUUCACGGGAACAGCAAACCCAAAAGGGUUGAACAAUAUCUGACACCAUUUGUCGAAGAGAUUUUACCAUUGAUGGAAAACGGAUUGAUUAUUAAUCAUCACAAGCUAACGAUAAAUAUCAGAUCUAUCAUCUGCGAUGCACCAGCUAGAGCAUUUGUAAAAGGUGUAACCAAUUUUAACGCAAUCCACGGAUGCCUCAAGUGUUGCACAAUUGGUGAAUACUCCAAGGAAUUACGGACAACGGUUUUCCCUCAGACAGUAGCCGAGUGUAGGACAGAUCGUGGUUUUCGUGAUAGGCUCUAUGGAAAGCACCACCAGGAAUACGUACAACGUCGAGAUGGAAAACUCACCAGGACUCCGAUUGAAACGCCUUUUUUGAAAUUACCUAUCGAUAUGAUCGAAGAAUUUAUCGUGUCUGAUUCACUUCACCUUCUUCAUCUUGGAGUCAUGAAGAAGCUUCUUAUGACUUACCGAGAUGGUCAUUGUAAUGUUUCCAAGUGGUCUAAAGGAACCGUACAGGAAAUAUCGAAAGCUUUAGAUCUGAUCAAGCUGCCCAUGGAAAUCCAUCGCUCAGUUCGAGGGAUGGAUUAUGUUAACCAUUGGAAAGCAUCAGAGUUCGGUUCAUUCCUAAGUUAUAUUGGUAUUGUUGUUCUAAAGCAGUUUUUGAAUGAAGAGCACUACAAAAACUUUGCUAGACUUUUUUGUGCUACUACAAUAUGCUCAACAAACUAUUACCGAAGCUAUAUACCGGUUGCUAAAAUAUUAUUCAAAGAAUUCAUUGCUACAUUUGACACACAUUUCGGAUCAGUAACAAGCAAUAUCCAUAAUUUGGUUCACGUGGCAGAAGAAGUUGAGAGAAAAGGCCCACUAUCAUCUAUCUCUACGUAUCCAUUUGAGAACCAUUUGUACCAAAUUAAAAAACAAGUUAGAUCAGGCAGGCAUCCAUUAUCUCAAAUAAUCAAUAGAAUGACGGAAAGGGAUAAGCAUAAUAUCAUUAACUCUUCCGCUAUAGAGACUUAUCCAUCGCUCAAAGAGCCUUCAAAAAUCCAUGAUUUGAAGUUUCUUACAAUCAAGCUUAACCCGAAUUGUACAUUGAGGGCCAACUUUGCUGAUAAGUGGUUUUUAACUAAGAAGUACAAAAUAGUCGCUAUGGAUUUUGCUGACUCCGUAGGCAUACAUGGUCGAGAAAUGAUCAGCCCACAAUCGAAUCUGUUCGAAGAUCCUUUAACAUCCAAUAGCUUUCACGUAUAUGUUACUAACACAUCUCUUGAUUUUACAAAUUCUAAACAGUAUUUGCUAAGCAGUAUCUUAUGCAAACUUGUUGUAGUAGUUAUUGGUAACAUCACUGCAUUUGUACCAUUGGUCCAUACACUUCCAACAGAAAGUAGCGAACAAUUGUAAGUGCAAAAUAUCAUACUAAACACCCUGAUGUUCAAUGACAUUAUUAAAAACAAUAACUGCUGGAAAUAAAUGAUUUUAUGAUUGAAGAAAACACCUAAAAAGCUAGCAAAAUUAGUGUAUUUUCAUUUAUUUAUCUAUACCUUUGGUUUUUGUCUGAUAAAUCAUCAGAUAUCCAGAAUAGGGAUUGCUUUAUUCAAAGAAUAAUUUAUUAUAUUUUGUGAAUUCAGAAACCUUCCUUGACGAAGAAAUCACUAUUUGAGACCCUCAGUUUCUCCUAAUGUUACACUUUUUCUAUUGAACAUUUAACAACAUUAUAUGUAUUGUAACGCCCUCCUCUCCCCUAAUACCGUGACGUACUUAAUGGACGGCUCCAUACAGUAUCCCAAUUUACGACCCAGCACUUUCGACUCAUCCAUAAGAUUUUGCCCUACUUUGUAUAGAUAUCCGAAAAUUAGCACAGAAUUUUUCUAGGUUGAAAAUUAGUGCUUUUCCCCUAAAGGGGUACGCCGACUAAGGUAAACUGGUUUGUAAAAAGUCAACCAUAUUUUAUAACCGUUCUGUUUAAAGUAGUUAAUUUUGAUUAAAGUGAAUCACGCUGAAAAUAGUUCAUUACAUAAAACGAUUAUUUCGACAUUUUUCUGAUAAACUGCUUAACACUUUGACUCACAGGGCUGGUAGCGACUGAGUGUCUUGAAAAUAGGAGCUUUAGAGACCUUCAGGCAUGAGACUAGAUCUGAAUUAAAAAGAGAUCAAAUAGUUAUAAAGAAUAGAGUAUGUUUUGCUGAAAUUACUAAACGAAUAAAACUAACCUUUGAGAAAUCGAGGAAAUUUUUAAUUAAUCGUCGGAGAAAUCCCCAGAAAUAUCCCUAGAGAGGUCUGUCAAGGAGUUCUAGGAGGUAUUUUAGAAGAAACCUCUGAAGAAGCAUUUCUUAGAGUAAAGCGUGUAGAAAUCAUAGAGACCUUCCUUAAAAAAUAGACUUUUUAGAUGCUUGCAUUAGAACACAGACCAAGUCUCUGAAAUAAGACCUGCUACCAGCCCUGGACUCACAUACCCCUAUUUUAAUUGUUUGAAUAUGAUGAUU